AUGCUUAAAACUGGUUCAGCUUUAACUCACUCUUACAUUGAGCUUAAGUAAGUUAACAGUGUGGAGUUCUGCCUAUUGGACUAGGAUGAGAUACUCAAGUCUUCUGUAGUAUCUAUCAAGAAUGAGAGAAUUUAUGACUAAAUAAAGGGACUUAUUCCAUCGUUUGAAGCAGUGAAUGACCCAAGGAUGGGAACUAUUGAUAGAGACCGCACUUGCUUUUCUUGCAAAGGUUCACACGUCGACUGUCCAGGCCACUUUGGUCAUAUAGAGCUUGCAAAGCCAGUGUAUCACAUCGGAUGCUUAGAGUAUGUCAUGAAGCUACUGCGAUGUGUAUGCUUCAGUUGUGGCAAGCUUUUAUAUCCGAGAGAGAAAGACUAGAUAGAUGCAAUAAAGCGCAUAAAAAAUGCGAAGUCGAGGUUUGCUUAGGUAUUAAGGUCGAGUGAAAAACAUAUGUACAGGUACUGUGACAUUCAGAACGAAGGAUGUGGUAUGAAAUAGCCUAAGUUCAUCAAGAAAAGCAUUUCGAUUCUGGUUGAAUACUUCCAGGAUAAUCAAAACUACAUGCAAAAUCUAGGCUAUAAUACUGCUGAUUUCAAAGCUAUUGUAUAACCUGAGGAUGCAUUCAGAGUUCUAAGCAGGAUACCACCAGAGGAAUAGGAAUUGAUUGGGAUAAAGAAGCCUCAGAACAUGAUUAUCAAAAGAUUGCUGGUGUGUCCACCUCCAGUUAGACCUUCUAUAGCUAUGGGAAGUACUGCAAGAUGCGAAGAUGAUCUGACUUUUAGUUAUUAAGUUAUACUAAAGCACAAUAAUAUCCUUUUUACUCAAAUUGAAAAAGGUGCUAAUCUAACUACUAUUAAUGAGCUUAGAAAUUGUCUGCAGUAUUAUGUAGCGACACUAAUGAAUAAUGAAAUAGCUGGCUAGCCAUCACACAAGCAUAAAUCUGGAAAACCGUUAAAAGCAUUAAGAGCCAGACUCAAAGGAAAGGAAGGUAGAAUCAGAGGCAAUCUGAUGGGGAAAAGAGUUGAUUUUUCAGCUAGAUCCGUUAUCACACCAGAUCCCAACCUUGAACUAGACUAGCUUGGAGUACCUCUCAAAAUAGCUUAAAAUGUGACGAUUCCUGAAACUGUGACUCCUUAAAACAUAGAUGUCCUAAGACAAUUUGUAAGCAAUGGGCCUAAUGUAUACCCAGGGGCAAAGUAUAUAAUUAGGCAUGAUCAAAGACAGAUAGAUAUUGGAAUCUUGAAUGCUAGAUCUGAGGCUCAUUUAGAAUUCGGCUAUAAAGUAGAAAGGCACUUAAAAGAUGGAGACUAUGUCUUGUUUAACCGAUAGCCAUCACUUCAUAAAAUGUCAAUUAUGGGGCACAGAGUCAAGGUACUACCUUAUUCUACAUUUAGGCUGAACUUAUCAGUCACAAGUCCAUACAAUGCAGACUUUGAUGGCGACGAGAUGAACAUGUUUGUGCCUCAAAGUUAUGAGAGCAUGGCUGAAGUGAAGGAGAUAAUGGCUGUCCCACUAUAAAUUGUCUCACCACAAUCAAAUAAGCCAGUUAUGGGUAUAGUUUAAGAUUCAUUAUUAGCAAUCAUGUUGUUCACCAGAAAGGAUGCUUUCGUUGAUAAAGAUACAGCAAUGAAUCUCAUGAUGUGGCUUGGUAAUUAAAGUAGCAGUGUUUCAUCAAUUUCUGAUUCUCAGCUACCUAUUCCUGCUGUACUAAAACCAAAGCCACUCUGGACUGGAAAAUAAAUGUUGAGUUUGAUAAUUCCUUGUGUAAAUUUAGUGAGAUAUUCUGAUUCACCAGGUAAAAAUGGUGAGAGAAACUGGUGUCCAACAUUCGAAAAUAUUGUUCUCAUUCAAAAAGGAAACUUGAUAACUGGGUGUCUAAAUAAGUCAACAGCUGGCUCUUCUUCGCAAGGACUUAUUCAUAUUAUUUGGAGAGAAUGCGGGCCAUAAGCAGCGAAGGAAUUUCUAUCUAAUGCCUAAAAUAUAGUCAACUAAUGGGUAUUGCAGCAUGGAUUUAGUGUAGGAGUGCAGGAUGCAUGUGCAAGUCAGCAGACCAAGAACAGUAUUAACGAGACUCUUGAUAAGUUCAGAGGAAAGGUGUUUAAAAUCAUCAAGAAAGCUGAGCUUGGCAAACUAACCACUCAACCUGGUAAAAAUAUGAUGGAGAGUUUUGAAUAUAUGGUCAACAAUAAACUCAACUAAGCCAGAGACGAAGCUGGUCAUAUUGCUUUUAAGAAUUUGGAUCCCUUGAAUAAAAUCCAAAACAUGGUGGUUGCUGGCUCUAAGGGAACAAAUAUCAAUAUAUCUCAGAUUAUGGGUUGCGUUGGCUAACAAAACGUAGAAGGUAAAAGGAUUCCAUUUGGGUUCAAAUAGAGAAGUCUGCCCCACUUCUAUAAAUACGAUUAUGGCCCAGAAUCCAAGGGUUUUGUUAAGAAUAACUACAUUAGUGGACUAGAUCCCUCUGAGUUCUUUUUCCACGCUAUGGGAGGCAGAGAGGGUCUUAUUGAUACUGCAGUUAAAACAUCUGAGACUGGGUAUAUUUAAAGAAGACUUAUUAAAGCUUUAGAAGAUGUGAUGGUGAAUUAUGAUAAUACUGUUCGUAACUCAAGUGAGCAGAUCAUCCAAUUCCUCUACGGAGAAGAUGGAAUGGCUGGAGAGUAUAUCGAAGACUUGAAGAUUGAUUUACUUAAAAUGAGUAAUGCGGAAAUUGAAAGGCGUUACAAUUUUAUACCUGAAAAAGUUUCGAGUUUAGAGGCUAAAGAUCAACUGAGAAAGUACCUCGAUGACUAUAUUGUCAACAAGAUAAUGGAUGAUCCCCAGUAUCAGCUAACACUGUACAGAGAAAAAGAGUAAAUUUAUAGAGAUAGGGAUGAGUUGAGGACUAAUAUAAUAAAGAAUGGAGAGGACUAGAUUCACAUUCCAAUAAACAUAUCAAGAUUACUGCUUAACUGCAAUUAGCAGUUUAAUAUUAAAAAGCAUCUUCCUACUACGCUUGAACCUAAAUAUGUAAUAGACAAAGUGGAGUAACUGAUAAAUGAGCUCACAGUGUUUCCUGGUAGAAGAGCCAAAGUAGGAGACACCUAAUACAGAGAAGCAAAUGAAAAUUCAACUAAGCUAAUGAAGAUAUUUUUGAGACAUGAAUUAGCUUCUAAAAGAAUAAUUCAAGAGGAGAGAUUGUCAAAAACUGCAUUUGAUUUUCUAAUAGGAGAGAUCAAGUUUAGAUUUGAGACCUCUCAAGUUCAUCCUGGCGAAAUGGUAGGGUCUAUUGCAGCUCACAGUCUCGGAGAGCCAGCAACAUAGAUGACCUUGAAUACUUUUCACUUUGCUGGAGUCUCGUCUAAAAAUGUGACACUUGGAGUUCCAAGACUUAAGGAAGUUAUAAAUGUGGCUAGAAAUAUCAAUACUCCUAUGAUAUCUAUAUAUCUCAAAGGGGAGCAUAAGAAGAGCGAAAGAACUGUCAUGAAAAUUUAAAACUAGAUAGAGCAUUCAAAUCUAUCUCAUUUAGUUGAAAGCAGUAGCAUCUACUACGAGCCAAAUCCCAAUCAGACAUUAAUAAAGGAGGACGAAAGACUGUUAGCUAUGUAUAAUGAAGUGCCUGAGCUUUGCAAUAACAAUAUUAACAGUCCUUGGGUGCUCAGAUUCAAACUUGAUCCUAAGAAGAUUUAGAGCAGAGAUUUCAGUAUGGAUUUUAUUGAUAAAAAGAUUCAGUCUGUGUUUGGGGAUCAAAUAGAAGUUAAAGCUAGUGACACUAAUGAUACUGUUCAUGUUUUGAGACUAAGAUUUAAAGAUGUUAUCGAUGAGGAUGGAACUGAUAUGGAAACAGCAGUCUAAUUCUUAAAAGAACUUGAAAACUCACUUAUGAAUGAUUUCACACUCAAAGGCAUACCUGAAAUUAGCAAAGUCUAUGCCAAGAAAUACACUGAGCACGAAUAUGAUAUUCAUACAGGAGUUCACAAGUAAACGAAUGACAAUUGGAUGCUAGAAACAGAUGGAGUAGCAUUGUAAAAGAUCUUAACUGUAGACGAUGUCGAUCACACCAAAACUAUCUCUAAUGACAUUCUAGAGAUCUAAAGUGUCCUUGGUAUAGAAGCGGCUCGUAAAGCACUUAUUAAUGAGUUGAGGACUGUACUGAGCUUCUAUGGCAUUUAUGUCAACUACAGACAUAUAGCCACACUAUGUGAUGUGAUGUGCUAGAGAGGAAGACUGACCUCUAUUACAAGACAUGGUAUUAAUAGAAUGGAUACAGGAGCACUAAGAAAGGCAUCAUUUGAGGAGACAGUAGAAAUAUUACUAGAAGCAGCUGUGUUUAAUGAGAUUGAUCCACUUAAGGGAAUCACUGAGAAUAUAAUGCUAGGUAAAUUGGCACCAUUAGGAUCUGGAUCGUUUGACAUUGUUUAAGAUGCCGCUAUUUUACAAGAGUAUGCACAGUCAACACUUGACGAGGAGCUAUUGAUGGAACAAUAGACUCCAGUGUAGGAGGAUGAGUACUUUAACAAUUUCUAUAUGAAACACUAGACGCCUUAUGCUGAUACAACUCCUAUUCAUAUUCAAAGAGGAAUGACAUCUGAAUAUGGAAGAACGCCAGGAAAUUAGUCAGCAUAUGAAGGUGCAUUCUCACCAGGUCAGAACUAUAGCUCACCGAACUACAUGUCGCCAAAUCCAUAUCAAAGUCCUGGCAGUCCAUAAUAUAGAAUAAAUUCACCUGUUUAUCAAGGAGGAUUAGUAGGAAGUUAUGAUAGAUACCAAUCGCCAAUAUAUCAAUAAUACUCUUCACCUAUUUAUCAUCCUGCUUCAGAUGGAAUCAUAUCCCCUCAAAAUCAGAGUCCGAUGGGAGGCCAUUCAGGAAUCACUUAGAGUCCAAAUUACAGCCCUCACCAGAACUCAAAUAUGAAUUCACCUUUCACUGUGAUAGGUGACAAUCCUUAGAUACACAGUGGAAUUAGAGGAGCUUCGCCAUCAUAUAUGGUUAACAGAGUAGGAAGCGGACAUCUUGGACAUUCUUCACUGUCAUCACCCUCAAUAACAGGACCAGUAAGUCCUAAUUAUUCGCCUCCUGGACGAGACGCUUAUGGCUCACAUAGAUCUAAUAAUUCACCAGCCUAUUCACCAACAGGAGCUGGAGGAAGUAUAUCAAAUAACUCUCCUAGAUACUCCCCAACAAACUUUAACUAUAGCAAUCCCUAUCCAUAAGCUAAGAAUUCUAAUUACUCACCUUCAUAUUCCCCAACCACACCAGCAUAUAACUAGUCGCCAAAGUAUGGACUUAAUAAAUCUCCAAGGUACUCGAUAAGAUCAAAUGGCGAAGAGGAGUAUGCCAUCAGCAGUAAUGGGAAAAGUUCCAAAAAUAUGAUUUAUAUACCAUCAAGUCCAGCCUACUUGCCAGCUAACAGCAGUUCAUACAGAGGAAGUGUUAGAAGUGGGGGAGCUAGCAUCUUAAGUAUUGAUGAUUAGGAGGCCGCCUAUGAUCCAAGUAAAAAUGAGGAGAUAAUAAACACUAGUACUGCGACAGGGGGAAUCGAAAGUGUUAAUAAAAAAGGUUAAAAGAAUAAUUGA